GCUGUUCCAACCAUGGAGCUGAAACUAAUCUCUUGCAACGAUCUAAAGGCAUUCAACUUCUUCCAGAAACUCACCCUAUACGCCGUCGUUUGGAUCGAGAGCGACGACCCCAACAGGACCCUCAAAGAAAGCCAGAGUCAACAGCAGCGGACUAGAACCGACAGAGAAGCCGAUGGCGACGGAGCUAACCCGGAGUGGCACCACGACGCCAUCUUCGACCUGGCGUGGAUCACGCCCUCGCUUCUAGAAGGUUCCGAGGGCCUCUUCUUCCGCUUCGAGUUCCGCCACGACGGUACUCUCCUCGGCGACAAGCUCAUCGGCGAAUGCCGCGUCCCCGUGGCUGAUCUCGUCCGCGACGCCGCCAAAUCUGACGCGGCGCGCUCUGUUAGCUACCAGGUUCGGUCCGGCGAGGGAAAACCUAACGGGAUCUUCAAUUUUUCGUAUCGAUUGAAAGGGACUGGGGAUAGGUAUGAGUCGUCACAGAUUUUGGAAGGGAGAAUUUCUGGUUACCCUGUGUUGGAUCCACAGGAUUUUAAUCCCAACCAUUCGUUGGUGCAGUAUCCUCCGAUGACGACAACGACGACGGCGAUUGGGAGCGCGUGUUGCUAUCCGACGGUGGGUUCGGGAGGGGCCUAUUCUCCGUCUGCGGCGGUGGGGUCCCCGGUUUCGCCCUUUGGAAAGUUUGAUAAUUGUCAUCCGCCGUUUUUUCCGCCACAGGUUCCAUCGUACGGGGGGUGCGCUUGUAACUAUCCGCCACCUCCGCCUCCGCCGUAUCCGUAUCCGUAUCCGUAUCCGCCUACGGUAGCGCACGGAGGAUCCUAUUACCCGCCCGUUGAGCAUGUGGUCCAUCAUCCUCAUCCGUGGGCUUCCUCAGGCCUGAGUUUCGAAAACAGGUGGUAAGGAAAAUGGGCCGGAAUAAUAGUGGGCCGAAGUGUGUGUAUAGUUUUUGUAUCCAAAUUUUUGGCGAUACUAUGAUUUGAUGAUAUUUUGGAAGUUAGAUUUUAUAUUUUUGGUUUUUUAGGGGUAAAAAAGAUAGAUUAACCAAAAUAAAAGAUAUUCAUGUAGACUCUGGGCUGUUUAUAUUUGUUAUAUAACCUUGGUUGGUUGGU